UUAUCCCUUCUCUCAGGUAUACCAGGAAAAAUUCUAAAUGCAGAGAAGUAUAUUUAGAGUUUUUUUUUAUAAAAUGGGGAAACUGAGGUAUGGAACUGCUUGACUGAAAGUCCUGGGUGCUGCAGGACACAAGGUGUGUGCAGCUCCUCUGCUCACCUGCAAACAGAUUACCUCUUGGUUUUACCUAGCUGGUCCUCUUCUGGAGGCAAACACCAGUGUAAACCGUUUCUUUUCCUCUCCCCUCCUCCUGUGCUGAAGUAAUCAUGUUCCCAAAGGAAUAUCCAUUAAUUUAUGGCCCCAAGUUCCUGUGCCAAUUCUUUUAUGGGAAGCAGUUAAUGACCUUAAUCUCUGUGAAUCACACAGUUGGUCAGAAAGACCCUUCUAAGAGGUGUUUGAGGAACACGUAAAUGUUUCUUGAAUAAUUUUUAUUUUUAUUUUUUUACUUCCCCCUCCCCUCCUGGCCUCUGUAAAAAGCACAGCCUGCAUCUAUGUAACUAAUCAGAUUUUCUUGCUGAUUUGACCCUAAACAAUUACUGCAUUUUUGGCUUCCUAAUAGCUGGGCUGUUAAGAACAGAAGAGGCUCUAUUAGGAGACAGAGACGCAACUGGGAGCAUCACAGGUGAUGCCAACUAAUGUUCUCUCUAGAGUGCACCAGGAGUUCAACCCUAUAUGCCUAAUUAAUCACAUUGUGAAACACCUGCAGUGCUGGAUUGGUGUUAAUCAGACCAGGUUGGGGACCAGCACGCUGCCCUGGGCAGCACAUGCUGCUGAGGGGAAGCAUCUCUCAGCUGAGAGGUGGGUGCUCAUCCAUUUAUUAGAAGCAGCUUUAGGCCUUUGCCCUCCCUGUUUCCUAGUGCAGAUUAACUAAGAGACAAAAGGUUGCUUCUGACAGCUUUCUGGGCUGCUGCUGUGACCAAAAAAAGUCUCAGUGACGGUGUUUUGUUUCUCCAGAAUAAAUGAUGCGCUGCUUUCUCUUCUUGUAACGACACAACAAAGUGCUGCCAGGAGCCUGGUGUGUCUGAGGAGCCCUGCAAUAAUGAACAGGAAAAUGAAGCCUAGUUUUUGCGAACAAUCUUGUGUGUUAAACAGCCACAACAGCAAGAUGUUGAGACCAUUAGGAUGAAUGCACAUUGCUCAUCGGAGACAGGAAGACAGACUCCAUCCUCAAGCUUCACUGCUCCAAUUCAUGACUGCGAGCAAAAAGAAAGCAAAGAUUUGGUGUGAAACAGAGCCGUGCUCGGGAACAUCCACUUGUGUGGGGAGUGGCACCUGGUGUCAUGUGUAAUUACUCAUCCUGCCUAGACCAAAUGGAUCAGCUAUAAAUUAAGUGCUGAGCUAUGUGAACUCGCGCAGCUGGGGUAAAAGAGCAAGGAGAUGAGUGCAGGAGGAGCCUGGUGAGCCUGCCCCAGGAUUGUGGAGCAUCUAACAGCACCAGCACCAGGGUCGUAGAGCAUCCAACAUCACCAGAGCCAUGCUCCCAGGUGGACAAAUGGGCUCUGCCUGCUUCCCGUGGCUGUGCUUGCUGCUUCUCAGCGGCCCUGCUCUGUGUCCAGGUAUUGCUGCGUCUGGAGGUGACCCUGCUGAGGGGACAAAUGGCACUUCCUUGAAGAAAACAAAAGUGACAGCUUAUCGCUGUAAAGAUUGUGACAGCCACAUUUGCAGAUCAUCCAAUUACGAGACCUUUGAAAAAAUUGGAGAAACACAAAAUGAGAGAUUUAAAAAUGACAUUAUUCAGUUGGUGACCAAUGAAACUCACGUCAUUGUGUGCUUUCAGCAAGAAAUUAAAUAUCUUAACGAAGUUUAUGCCAUCGUCUGGGAGAAAGUCUCAGGAAUAGGAGAAUCCUGUGGCAACCUGGAGCUUGGAGAAAAUGGGGUGCAUCACAUCACAGAGGAGGAAAAAAUCUGCUGUGCAGUAGAGACAAAUGAAACCCAAGCACGCGUCAGUAACCUGAACUGCUACAUUGAAAGAAAGAAAAAAAGCUUACUAUACAAGACCCCUGAUGAUGUAACACUAGAUAAUCCAACAGAUCCAGGCAGCAAGGACAGAAUUGGCAUCACUGCCACUUUCCUGAUUCUUGGGGUUUGUGCAGCAGCAGCACUGGCGCUGUAUUGUGUUCAAAGAACCCGAAAUGGUCAAGGACCUGUCAUAGUGCUCUAUCAGAUUCUUAAAGUGAAUGGAGAGAGACAGCUGUCUUCAGCAGGUGCUAUAAAACCCAAUCAGGCUUCUGAAAGCAGAAUGUCACAGCCAUCUGAAGCACCAUCUACAAAUGAGACAAACCAGGCCUUUAUGGAAGCAUCCUCCUCCUCAAACAUAGUCUAGUCAUCACCUGAAGAAACACGUUUAUUUUAUACAAGACCUCAGUAGUUUUCACAAAUGUACUUUCACGACUACCAUGCAUUCACCAAGGACUGCAAUUGCCAUAGUUAUGCAGCUCCAGGCUUUUGCAAGCAAUAUGAGAAGCUUCCUGGGGCUCCUGUCAUCUCCUGGUACUUGGCUGAGGAGCCCCAGCAUCACAAGAUGCAUGGCUUGUUCGGCAGCACAGGCUUAAACCAACUGAAUCCUCCUAAUGUUUUUUAUGGUUGAAACUCUCAGUUCUCCUAAACUUCUUUGGAGAACUGCAUCUGUGCUCAGGCAGGCUGUGUUGAACCCUGGUGGAGACCUUCUCUGUGUAUCUUCUAUGUUGUAACACAGUAGCGUGGCCAAAGGUUUUCAUCGGUUAACUCCCAGGCUAGUUCUAGGUUUCCCUGAGAAGGAGUUUUGUAGAACCAUGGAACAGCUUGGGUUGGAAGGGACCUUAAAGACCACCUGCCAGCUCAGCCUGUCCAGAACCUCAUCCAGCCUGUACAGGUGACUGGUUUGUUUCCUUAGAGUGGUUUGGCAGUCUGAGCCAAAAGUCUGGUUUUGCAGCCACCUGCAGGUUGAAGGCUACUCUGCAGGCUCUGUCCUGUGCAGCAGAGCCAGAAGGGCCUGCACAAGGGAUCCCCAAAGAGUAGUAGUUCACAGGCAGCAUCUCAUCUUCAAGUGAUUUACCACUUAUGCUUGAUUUGAGUAAAUCCUCAGAAUUUGCAUUAUACCCAAACCAAUAUCAGGCUUUUGAGCAAAAAGCAGCAGCAUCCAAAUUGCAAAAGCAGACCCCAGAAAGCGGGAUGGAUGCUUGUUGAAUCACUUUUUGCAUGGUUUAACCAACCAUAAACCUGUAAGGUGGCACUUUCAGCAGGAAAUCUCAAAGGAUGUAGGAUAUUGUGUGACUCUGUAUACAUAAAAAAAUACAAAAAAUGUAUAUGAAAGUAUACAAAAAAGUUAUGGACCUUUUAUUUUUUUCUUAACCUCAAACUUUUGGAAGGUCCUUCAAAUACAAGUAGGAAAUUUCUGUGUUGUUUUGCAACAAUAUGAUUAGUUCAACAUGCAUUUUUCCAGUGCAGCUAUCAUGGGCAUUGCUUUUGGUUCUGUUUCUCUGCUCUAAAUCAUUGCUGUGAGAACCUCUCAGGAAGUGCCAAGCAUUCCCAUUGAUGGGAAUGUGCUGGGAUUCAGGAGAUUCCAGUAAUGCGUACCUGAUUUUCCUAGACAUAGAAAAAUACUGUCUUAAAAUUAAAGGCUGUUGCAGUUCUUUGAUGUGGUCUUUUAAUGGAGAAAACAAAUGUGUGUCUACAUAUUCGUGUGUGCGUGUAGGGUGGUCAAAUUGAUGACUGACACUGCUCCUUUUUGUGUACCCUCAGAGUUUUUUGAAAAAGAGACAACAUGUAUUUGACAACUUAUAUUGUAGCAAUUGGAGGGAUUCAAGCUUAAUAGUGUGCAAAUUUAACUUCUAAUAUUUAACGCUAGUUGGGGCCAGAGAGCUAGCCAAGUCUUGAGAAUAAAGAUUACCUGCCCAGUUCACAAACUGACUUUGGGGUUCAUCCAGCCACACACUUCCCUUCCCAUCUUUUCUGCCUUUCUGCUGCUGAUUUUGCAGAUGGUGAUACUCAGAGGUGUCACUCCCAGCUGUUCUGAUUUGUGCCUCCUGAGCUGCAUUUUGCCUGUAAUGCCAGUCAUCCGUUCUCUUGGGAAAAGGACUUUAAUGAUCUAUGCUCUUGGCUCUCAGCAAGUGAAUGAUGUUGCUUUAUGUGCUUUUUUUUUUUUUUUACAAAUAAAUAUAUCCACACAAAUAGUUCUGAAAUAAAAAUCAAUUGAAAA